AUGGCCCCAACAACCUCACCAGACACAUCGCGUCGCGAGCCUGGAGUGCCGCCGCCGACGGCGAGAGGUGGCAGAGGAGAUGAUGCAGAGGACGGCGUGGAUGCGCAGAGCGACAAUGCCUCCUCAACGGGCAACGUGGGAGAGAAAGCGGCCGGUCCUCCGUUAACAAAGCGUCAAAAAGUACGGCGGCAUUGCGGCAGAUUCUGGCUGUGGUAUCUCAUAGCCUUUAUUAUAUUCCUCGCCAUUCUGUUGCCGAUUCUUUUCAAAGUCAUUAUUCCUGCCAUCGUGCAGGCUAUUGUCAAGGGUCAGAGUUUACCCAUCACAAGUGGCCGACUUGAUGUCGUGUCAGGCACCCAAAUGAAGCUGGCCAUCAACACCUCUCUCAACACACCACUGCCCGCAAGGAUCACAGACUUGACACUCUUCUUAUACAACAGAGACACCAGGCCAUAUUCGCCUUUUGCCAACCUCAGUGUCGACGGCCAAAAGCUCAAAGGCAAUACCCAAAUCGUCAUCAAGGAGCAAAUUGUCACCAUCAGCAACCAAAGCGAGCUCCUGGCCUGGCUUGGCCCUGUCUUUGACCAAGACAAGGUGGAUUUGUCUGUUCGCGGGAGUCCGACAAUCUACCUGGGCGCGCUCAAGACGGACACACGCCUUGAUACGACUGUCCAGAUACCCGGUUUGAAACAGCUCUCUGGCCUGGGGAUCAAGGAUCUGAAGGUCAUGCUCCCCCCGGAAAAUGGCCGCAAUAUCAAAGGCACCAUCAACGUUCCCAACUACGGUGUACUGGCCUUGAAUUUCGGCAAUGUGACCUUUAACAUAUUAUCAGGCGACGUCACGCUCGGCCAAAUCACACUAUACGAUGUGCUUCUAAACGAGGGCAACAACACGUUGAACUUUGACGGGCAGCUCUAUCUCGAUACCUUGAUCAAGAACAUCGGCCCCGUCCUCGCCAGCCAGAGCCAGGCACUCGGCAGAGGUCAAGUCGACCUCAAUGUCACUGGCAACCAGACCGUCAUGAACGGCGUACACAUUACCUUUAUUGAAAAGCUGCUCGCCAGCCGAACCCUGACCACUUCCAUCUCCGUCGUUACACUUUUGAGCGAUGUCUUGAGCGGCCUGAUGGGCGGAGGGGGCGGCAACAUUAUUGAUGCCCUCGGCGACACUUUUAACAACAACACCUUUAUUCAGAACAUUGUCGACCAUUGGAACACGACAAAGGCGCCCGGAAAGCAGGCAGAUCUUGGCUCACUAUUGGGCAAGCGAAAUAACCCCAAGGAAGCAUUGAUGUGGAAUAUGCUAAAGAUGGGGCUAAAGAUGAAACUGAACCAGCGGUAG